UUUGCUUCUCAGGCCUGUUUUACUUGAUUUAGAAUCCUUUCUUUUCCUUCCUCCUCCCCCCUUUCUCUCAUUUCCACCCUAUCAGUGUUGACAUCUCAGAACCAAGCUUCCAUGAAUCUUCGGAUAUUGUUUCCUUCCCAAGUAUAAGAUGGCAAGAGGAAUGCAGAGCCUGCCGAACUCGAACCACCAUUUCUAUCAUCUACCAGACCAGAUCAUGAACCCCUCGGGGUUCGGCCGUGGAGAUUCUGUCAGCAUGUUCAGCACAGAUGGGAUCGGCGGAAUCGGCUUUGGCGUCGGCGUUUCCGUCGGUGUGCUGCUUCUCGUUAUCACCAUCGCUCUUGCAUUCAACAGCUGUGCUCGAACCAACGCCACCUCUUCCAGGCGGCCUGCGAGAAGGCUCGCCGGUGCGAUGGCGGACGUGGAAACCGGACUUGACGAGGCCACGUUGAUGAGGUACCCGAAGGUCGUCUUCGCGCAGGCCAAGCUCGUUGACGAGGGAGGUGCAGCCUCGCGCUGCUCGAUAUGCCUCUCGGAGUACGAGGACGCCGACGUGCUUCGGGCGUUGCCGGAGUGCGGGCACCUGUUCCAUUUGAAAUGCGUCGAUCCAUGGCUGCGGUUGCGGCCGACGUGCCCGCUCUGCCGCACGACGCCGUUGCCGAGUCCCUCGCCGACGCCGCUUGCUGAGGUCAUUCCAUUGGGAAGGCAGUCACGAUAGGAUGUGGAGAAAAAAGAAGAGGUUUCUACUUCAGUUCUUCUCUGUAAAUAAUGGUGUCUAUACAGUCCAUUAACGAUCUUUGGAGAUCAGAUCAUCUUCUCUUAAGUUUCCUUCCAUGGAAAGCUGAAGUGGAGAUGUUCUCUUUCUCCUGCAUUAAACCUAUUUGAACGACCUGGAGACUUUAUUCGUUCUCUUGGGCAAUAAUAUCACAUGUAUACUACAGAUGAGGUUGAGUAUAGAUUAGGUUUUUGAAUGAUGAGAUGGAGUAGGAGGCUCAA